UUCCUCCUCCCUUCCAUUUUGCCUUCUCCGUGUGGUGCACUUAUUUUAUAAAAUGCCAAAUCCCACACCGAACUCCAUAAGAAGAACGCCAGAGAAUUCCAGAUUCUCACGCCUAUUUCUUCCUUCUUUCUUUCUUUAAGAUCUCAAAUAUCCCCACAUUCUUCAUUUCGACCUUUUUCUUUUCCUCAAAAAAUAACCCCCCCCCCCAUUUUAUUUUUUCAAUCUAUAUAUAGAAACUCAAUUACCCACUUUAUUUUAAAAUUUCCCUACACGUCUUACCUACUUAGUUUUUAUUUUUGGUGAAAUCUUACUCUACUUAGUUGUACAGCUUUAACUGCAACUUUCUUUGGUGGUUUCUUAGUGACAGUUUGGUGUGUGGUGGUGCCACUAUGUCUUCAGGAAUAUGUUCACAAAGUGGUCUGGUGUUAGCUACUGCUAUGGUUGUCUCCAGCACUGUGAUUUUCCUUACUUUUUCGAGGCAAAAGGCUUUGCCUCCUCCUAAGCAAACUCUUCGUCCUUGCAUCUCUUCAGAGGGGAAGAAAAGGGAUAAAAAGAAGAAAAAAGUGCAGUUCGCUGAGAAUGUGAAGGAAACAAAUGGGAAUGGAGAAGAGUAUAGGAAAGAACAACGAAAGAAGAUAAUGGCGGAAGCAGCAGAAGUUGAUAGAUUUUGCAGAAAUGAAAUGCCGCCUAACAGGAUUGCUUUAUUCAAUGGAAUUCUCAGGGAUCGUGUUCGUUUCCAUAGAAUGGAGAGUUCUUAUUGAUUUUUAACUCGCUUCUAAAUUUUGGGAAAAAAAAAGUUUCAUUUUUUUAAUAUAAAAAAAGCCACUUUGGUAGAAUGUAAGUAAUGAAAAUGUCGGGAAAAAAUAUAUUACUGUUGUAAAUUUCAUCCUUUUUGACUUUUUAUAAUUUUAUCCAACUUUAUAAAUCAUAAACUACACAUUAUUUUUUACUUAA